AUGAGUAAGACAGCGGAAUGCGUCAAUCAAAAGCCUUAUUCGGAGAGCUCCAAGGAAAGGAUCACAGACGUCGCGUUACACGGCUUGAAGUCACUCUCGGAGCAAGAUACUCCAAUCUCGAUGUGGCUCCGACAUCUCGAUGAUCCAUACCCUUACAGCAGACGUGCAAACGCAAAUGACGGCAUGCCAAAGGUGAAGCUAUGA